AUGCCCGAGUUGGGAUCAAUACAGAAUUGUUGUACAACAACAUCAGUGAAAUCACGCAUCUUUCAGCUGUUAAUGCGGAUUGGUCGACGUCGGGCAACAGGAUUUUCGGCAAUGGAUUUUCGACAACGCCCAGAUUUCAGUGGAAGUUCGGCAUUGCCGAAAUUCACUCGAAUGUUGGGCAAUAUUGCCGAAAUUCCACUGGAAGUUUGGCAAUAA